CUCUGGUUUAAUAUACUGUAAUAUACAAUUUUUAUAUAAGGAUCUCAAAUAUAAUUCAACUGUUCUUAGUCUAUGUCAUUUUUGAAUUUUUAUGACAAUUUUGACAUAUGGUAUGACGUUUCUUUUUCAUGUCGUUUUCGGUAAAAGAAGACUAAGAACACAAUGGCUAAACCUAAAGGAGAGAGGAAAGGCAAAUCUGCAAUCAAUGAAGUUGUUACUCGUGAAUAUACAGUUAAUUUGCACAAACGUCUUCAUGGAGUUGGUUUUAAAAAACGUGCUCCACGAGCCAUCAAGGAAAUUAGGAAGUUUGCAGAAAAACAAAUGGGCACUCCCGAUGUUCGCGUUGAUACUCGUUUAAACAAAUACCUCUGGUCUAAGGGGGUCAGGAAUGUCCCAUUCAGAGUUCGAGUACGACUAUCCAGAAGGCGUAAUGAUGAUGAAGAUUCUGCCCAUAAACUGUUCACCCUUGUGACUUAUGUACCCGUUGCUUCAAUUAAGGGCUUGCAGACAGAAAAUGUUGAUGCUAGCCAAGAAUAAACUUAUACAUUAAGUAUA